ACAGAUGGCACACAUGCACUCCUACACUCACAUACACUGUUCCUUUAGCUCUUCCCCAAAAAACACAAUGGAUACUGUUUGAAUGGGAAAAACAUUUUUAAUAAUUACUUGUAAGCAAGUUCGUAUUGUUAUUGUGUUAUUCGAUGUAACAUCAGAAUCAGGUGGAAUUGCUGUUUCUGAUAAAUAUGUAUUUAAGAGGAUUUCUGGCUCUUGCCAUCCUCACCAUGGGCAUCAGUUCAUUUCAUGCGGAUUGGACAGAAAUGGGAUCUGGGAUUCAGGAGUCAGAUAUUAUAUACAGCAAAGGUCCCCAGACUGUACGUUCUUACCUACAGCAAAAGUCUCCAGAUUGUACCCUCCUACCUAUUUCAGGAACUGCAACAUCGUUUAAAUCCUUUCACCCAAAAGGUGGAUUUACUGAGGCUCCUGUCUAGUCUUGUGCCACAGAGUAAGAACACAUCUCUGUUCAAGGAUAAUGAGGGAUGCUCUGUGUUGAACGUUGGACUCUAUUCAACCUUGACUCUGCCAACGAGACAAGCAUUUGGCACAAGUUUUACGGAUGAGUACAGUGUACUCCUUCAGCUACGCAGCUCUCAGGAUGUAGACCGCAGCAUCCUCACCAUUCUGGACUUCUACAAUCAGGUGACGCUUCAGAUUCGCCUCAGUCCCUCAGGUUUCACCUUCAUCACUGCCCAUCAGCAAAACUACGAGUUUUUAGUGUCAGGCCUUUCUGAUUCGCAGUGGCACUGGGUCUCAGUGGGAGCCUCUGUGGAAUAUCUGGCAGUAUAUGUAAACUGUGUACUGCUGGAGAAAAUCAGAUGGACUUUUCCAUACCUGGGCAUCCCUGCAGACGGUCUAAUGAUGGUUGGGGGCAUCCUGCAGGGCUUUGAGACACCUUUUGAGGGGGAUAUCAGGCAGAUGAUGUUCAUCAUAGGUGAUGGCAAAGCUGCUCAAAAUCAUUGCAGACUCCAUCAGCCGGUGUGUGGAACUUCAGUCAGCAACACAGAGACUCCAUCGCUGUCCUCAACCAGCCUGAUAGAAGACCCAGUAAGCUCUGCAGAGUCCUUCAGUGGAAGAAUGGAUCCUUUUAUUACAGGCACUAUUGAAAAUCCCAGGCCUCAAACGGAGGAAGCAGACAUGCUGGAUCCGCUCAAUUUUAUUCCCUUUGAUGAGCUGAACCCUCCAUCCCAGAGGGGCGACUACAAGCCGACUGAUGGUUUACGAGUGCUGGAGGAAUCCAAGAGGCAAAAACCCCCUCACAUCACAUCGUACACCAGGAUUAAGGGCAGCUCUGAGAACCAGGCACAGUCUCCCACAGCUAAAUCUACAGUUAACGAUCUGCAGUCACAAAAACAACAAACAGGUCGGGUGGAUGUAGUUCCCUCAGAACCCUCAGAGGACAUCAUCGACCUGGAUUCCUCAACUGAUAUCAGGCAUGUAAAUAGGAACCAUGUGCAUGCACAGUUCCUUGACCUGAACCUGACAGAAGAGGACCUAUUACCUUCAGGGACAUACAUCAACUCUAAAUCUGGCACAGGCUCCACAGACGUACUUAGCCAGAAAGGCCAUGAAAAAUCAAAGACCCAUAAUGAGAAAUUGGCACACCAAGGCACCACAAGGAGUCAACUUAAACACGGGGAUCUUUUCACAGGAUCUGAUGGCAAGAGGUAUCGGAUGUUGAGAGGACCCCCGGGACCUGUUGGGCAUCCAGGGAAAAGAGGUUGUGCCGGGACCAGAGGAUUCAUUGGAUUUAAGGGAGAGAAGGGAUAUCAAGGAGAAAGAGGGCUAGACGGUCCACGGGGUAGCCCAGGUCCUCCAGGACCAGCAGGAUUACCUUCACUCUACCUGUGGCACAACACUCAGGAAGAAUGGGAUGCGUUCAUGAGAACUUCAUAUUACCAUUUGCUGGUUGCAGGAUGGCCUAGAGAGACUGGGCCUCCUGGACCAAUUGGGGAAAUGGGAAGUCCCGGACCACCUGGGAUGCCAGGAGAACCUGGAGAGAGGGGACUGCCAGGUCGACAUGGUGACAUGGGCGAUUUAGGGCCGAAGGGUGUGUGUGGCCGGGCAGGGACCUCAGGAAGAGAUGGAGAGAAUGGGCUGAAUGGACAACCAGGUCUUCCAGGAACACCUGGUCUGCCAGGGCUUCGGGGUUAUAAAGGUGAAUCAGCGCCCCUCGGAGACAAAGGAGAGCCGGGUUUUCCAGGCAUUUCAGGUCACAGAGGGGAAAGAGGAGAGACUGGAUUAAAGGGUUCAAAGGGUGAAGUUGGGUUGAGAGGCUCUGUUGGUCCUCCAGGCCCUAUAGGUGUCAGAGGGGUUGAGGGUUUUCCUGGACCACCUGGGCCAGAGGGAAAUUUUGGGCAUUAUGGGAAACGUGGCCCACCAGGAUCGAUGGGAGCUCCAGGGGCUACGGGGAUGGUUGGGGUGCAGGGAGUUAAUGGCUCUGAAGGCGAGUUUGGACCUAUAGGCCCAGUGGGUCGAAAAGGCCCUCAGGGACCUGCUGGUACAGAAGGAAUCAGAGGCCUCCCUGGUCUGCCUGGAUUACAGGGACCACCAGGAAACGAUGGACCUCGUGGACUUAAAGGUCACAUUGGACUCGAAGGUCCAGUGGGAAACAAAGGACUACAUGGAAUUGAAGGGCCAAUGGGUUUACCUGGAAAUCCAGGUCCAAAGGGCUUUCUAGGCCACACAGGCAGCAAAGGCCUGGAUGGAGAGAGAGGUGAUCCUGGACCAAAAGGAGAAAGAGGUGCAGCUGGAGCACCAGGCAUUAUGGGCCCGCAGGGAGAGAGAGGCCAUGUUGGUCUUAUAGGCUUACCCGGGGCCAAAGGUCAGCCAGGGUCUCCAGGUAGCCAGGGUGAAGAUGGUGAAGUGGGUCUCCAGGGAAUGGUUGGAAAGGAGGGCCCAAAGGGGAAUAGAGGGGAAUCUGGACACAAUGGAAUAACAGGAAUCAGAGGACAACGGGGACGAGAAGGUCAAAGUGGCCCACCUGGUGGGUCUGGACUACCGGGUCUCAAAGGCCCACCAGGGACUGAGGGAGCAGAUGGAAAGCCUGGUACACAGGGUGUUCCUGGUUCAGUUGGAAGCCCGGGAGAUAAAGGACCCAACGGUUUUCAUGGAAUAGCUGGAGAACCUGGAAAAAGCGGAGCCAUGGGUGCACCGGGCUCCCCUGGUCGGCCUGGUCAAGAUGGCAGCCCAGGAGUCUCAGGAGAGAGGGGUUUGGCAGGAAAGCCAGGUGUCGAAGGUCCACAGGGCCCUGUGGGAAUGUAUGGUUAUCCAGGGACGAGAGGCCUAUAUGGUAGACCCGGCCAUAUAGGAGAACGGGGUGAGCCUGGUGUAAGAGGAACUGUUGGUAAACCUGGAAAGAGAGGACUCCCUGGUCCUCCUGGCAUACCUGGAGAAAGGGGCCCACCUGGACCUCAGGGCCGCCAAGGUGAGAUAGGACCAACUGGUAUAGAAGGACCACCUGGUUCAGCAGGGCAACCAGGCUUUGUAGGCACACCAGGGAAACCUGGUCCUGCUGGCAGUCCUGGACCACAAGGACCAAGUGGAAACAUGGGGCCUGUUGGGUUGCCAGGAGCACCAGGAGCUGCUGGGAGAAUCGGACCACCUGGAGAGAAAGGACAACAGGGUUCACCAGGACCUCUAGGUGUCCCUGGAUCUACUGGCCUGUCUGGACAGCAGGGAUUUCCUGGUCCUCAGGGGUUUGAAGGGGCAUCAGGGAGGAAGGGGGAACAUGGCUCAGCCGGGCCUGUUGGAAAGCCGGGACCAAUGGGCAUUCCAGGAGAGGUGGGUCAACAAGGAUCUCAAGGGAUGCAGGGAAAGAGAGGACCAAGUGGCAAAGAGGGGGUUGCAGGACUUGAGGGCAGAAAAGGUGAUCCAGGUCCUAAAGGACAGAAGGGUGACCCUGGGAUGCAGGGGUUCCCUGGGGACACUGGGCAUCCAGGAAUAUUUGGGGCCCAAGGAUCAAGAGGGCAAAAGGGUGAUAAAGGCUAUGCUGGAUUUAUUGGUCAAAGUGGACUGAUGGGGAAACCUGGACCAGCAGGACUGUUGGGAUUAGAGGGUCUGAUGGGAUUCAGAGGAUCGCCAGGUAAAGAUGGACAACCAGGGCCAAAGGGUGAUCCUGGCAUUAAUGGCAUACCCGGAGCGCUUGGGGAACCUGGUAAGCAGGGGGCAACUGGACAAAGAGGACUAAAGGAUGAGAUGGGAAAACCUGGACCACAGGGAGCUCCUGGUCCCAGAGGCGCUGAAGGCUUGACAGGCCCUAAAGGUUUACCAGGACCUGAAGGUUCAAAAGGUGACCCAGGCAGGCCAGGGCCUCCAGGAGAGGUGGGGCCAGAUGGCUUUCCUGGAAUCAGAGGGCCUUCAGGACUUCCGGGAUUAGAGGGCCUUCAAGGGGCAAUAGGAGCUCUGGGGUCUGCUGGGCCUCCAGGAUCUCAGGGUCCAAAGGGCAGACCUGGCAUCAGUGGACGGGGUGGACAGAAAGGCCAGAAGGGGAAAGAUGGCCGAGAUGGGCAACCUGGAAUUACUGGGAACCCUGGACGACCAGGCAAAAGAGGGAAAGCUGGACAGAAAGGACCAAGAGGGAUCAGAGGAGUGAAAGGACAACGAGGGGCUGUGGGGUGGACUGGACCAGCAGGAAGGCCAGGUUCAUAUGGUUUACCUGGGAUAAAUGGAGAAAAAGGAAUAAAAGGUGAACAAGGACCACAGGGAGAAAGGGGGGAAAUGGGACCACAUGGACCACCUGGUAUUGAUGGAAUGAAGGGAACACUGGGGUUUGUUGGAGAAAUCGGUAAAGACGGGCCAAAAGGAGAGCAGGGUGAUAUUGGACCACGGGGGCGACAAGGGAACCCAGGUUUUCCUGGAAUGCCUGGCCUGUUUGGAGGAAAGGGCUUAAAGGGUUUUUCUGGUCUUCCUGGACGUGCUGGAAUAAAAGGGUUACCUGGACCACCUGGUCCUCCAGGACCACCAGGAAUAUCUUUAAACCUCACAAUGGCUCAGCUAAAGGGCCUUAUGUACCAAUCAGAUGGGCCCAACUACCCUCUCAUCAGAAAUCUCCUCAACUCCUUACAGCAAGACCUGCGGCUCUUUGUUGAUCCACCUGAUGGCACUAAAGAGCAUCCGGCAACCACCUGUUUGGAGCUGAUGAUAUGCCACCCGAAUUACACUGAUGGAAUGUAUUAUAUCGAUCCAAACCAAGGCAAUCAUGCAGAUGCAAUUCUAGUCUACUGCAGCUUUAGUUCAGGAGGUCAGACGUGUCUUUCUCCAGUCCGGUCACAGGUCCCUGUGAAAGCCUGGCUAAGAGGAUCACAGGAGGAUUCUUUCACUUGGCUGAGCAGGAAGGAGCAAGGCUUUCAGUUUGUGUAUACAGAAACCAGCGUGGUGCAGAUGAGGUUCCUGCGGCUAAACAGCUAUCAGGUCACACAGAACAUUACUUUCUCCUGCGGGCAAGGGAGCCGGCAGGGUUCAAGCGAGCGAGAAAUUCAAUUUCUUGCUGAUUCUCGGAGACAGAGUUUCUUAGGGACGUUACGGGAUUGCGUGUCAGUGGAGGAGCUGGAUACAGGACCUCAAGAGUCUGUGUUCCAGUUUGAAACCGAAGACCGGGAGCUUUUGCCGAUCAGAGACUUAGCAUUGUAUGGCCACAGCGACCUUGCAGAAGAAUUUGGAUUUACUAUUGGACCUGUGUGUUUCAGCUAGAAACCUCCAGACAGCACACACACACACACACACACACACACACACUCCUACAGACACACACACAUUCCUACAGACUGCUGACUGCUGUGCUGGUGUUAAUUGGUCUGUCAUUAAACACAGCCACAUUUGCAGACAAAAGGAGCGAAGCAAUUCUUCGAGCAUUAACUAUAUUGGACAUUGUUGUUUUUGCAAGAAAUCGAAAAAUGAACCAGCUGACACUUUCCACUUUCUUUUCCCGUUUAGUUUACCGAGGUUGCCAAGGUCGGCAAUGAUUCUUCGCUGCACACGUUGUUGAAAUGAACUGUUUUUUUGUUUUUUCUGUUGUUGUUGUAUAGUGUUUACAAAGCUCUUUGGUGUAAAUGAGUGCUUCAUAUUUAUGUUCUAGUGCAUGCCAUCCUCCAGGUUUCGUGUAAAGCCGCUGGUACUAUUCAAUCACCUGGUUUGCUCAAAGAUGCACUCUCUUUUCAGGUUGACCCAACAUAUGACCAAACGCACUGUGAUCUUAGCUGAAGUUUAAGAUGUAGGAUGUAAGAGUGGACUCCAAACGAAUCAAAUAAAUUACUGUUAAAAGUUCCGUGAUAUUGCAUAUUGAUUUGUAUCAAACGAACCGAAUGGUGAAAACGUCAGGUCUAUAAAUAUGAAAUAUUGCAGAGGUAAACGUAUAAGCAGUAGAAAAAUCGUGUCAGAAAUUAUAUUUGGGUGCUGCUGUUUCUGGUGCUUUUUUUUAUGUACAAAGAUGUUUGAUGUUCAUAAUGUUCAAGGUAUGUUAAUUUAUAUGCUGGUCAUUGAAUUAAUGACAUUAUGACAAGACUUUUACAUAUUCUAAUGAAUUGUAAUAAACUUUUUUUGUGUCUGA